AUCAUUCAAUAUAUUGCACCUGGGCAAGAAAACAAAAUUAUGGCAGACUUAAGUGAGAAAUAUAUGUAUCUCAAUGAUGACAAUCAGACAACACAUGAUGAUAUGACCAAAGCACUCAUACAAGCAUAUUUGGACCAAAAUAACAGUCAAACUCAAAUUCAAAUUCUUUCCUUGUUUGUUCAAAAAUUUACCAAACAGAAGCUAAUUGAAUUAAUUCCAGGACUUACUAUGUCAAAAAUUGACAGAGCUAGGAAACAUGCUAAUUUGGAAAAACCUGGACAAAUGAUAAAUUCUCCUAGGAUAUACAGAAUGCGAUUAAGUCAUCCUCAACUCAUGCAUUUCAUUGAGUUUAUUUCUAGCCCAUCUUACCAUCAAGCAGUUGGAUAUGGAUCAAAAACUCUUCAGCUUUCAUCUGGUGUUGAAAUGAAAAUUCCGAAGGUAGUUCGAAGCAUUAUUUCAUCAAGACUCAUAAAGGCAUACAUGGCUUACUGUAAAGACCAAGAUUAUGAUACAUUUUCAAGAUCAACAUUAUAUAACAUUCUUAAUGUCUGUAUUGCAUCUCAGAAAAAAAAUCUACAUGGCUUAGACAACACCACAGCUGAUGGUAUGAAAGCAAUGGACACAUUGACUGAUAUCAUCAAGAAAUUACAGUUGUUUGGACUAGAAGAGGAAAAAGUGGAAAAACUUAAAAAUAUCUUUGCAUGUGCCAACCAACAUUUAAAAUUUGAAAUAAAGGGUCAUCUAGCCACAUCUUCAACUUGUUUAGAUCACUGUACCACAUUUAGCCUCAGUGACUCAAAAUCCACUCAAUUUCGUUCAACUUGUGCUCAUGAACAUUCAGAAGGUUGUACCAAGUGCAGUAUUAUAGAUAAGUCACUACUAGAAUUAUCAGAUACAUUCCAAAACAUGAAUUCCAUCCCGGCAGAAAUAGUAGAUGAAAUAGAUCAUGACUUAUCACGAGCACAAGAGCAGAUAUUGACAUGGAAGGCACAUUGUGUCAGAACAGUUCACCAAGAUCAAGCUAAACAAACAGUGCUUAGUCAUUUAAAACCUCAUCAGGCCCUUAUAGUAAUGGACUGGGCUAUGAAGUUUUUACCUGUGAGACACAGAGAAGCCCAAAGUGACUUUUUUGGUAAAAAGGGAGUAAGCUGGCAUGUUUCGUCGGUUGUCACACUUGAUAUUGAGGCUGAACCUGAAUUUAAGACGAACUUUAAUGUACACACUCUUGUGCACAUUCUUGAGUUGGGCAAUCAAGGAUGGUUUUCUGUAGCUCACAUAAUAACUGACCUGCUACAGAAAUUACCACUUAUAUUACCUUUGGUAACUGAAAUCUUUCUAAAGAGCGACAACGCUGGAUGUUACCAUUGUGUGCCAUUGAUUUCUUACAUCCAAAAUAUCAAUGUAAAUGGAGGCUUGCCAGUUAAAAUUCUGCAAUACAACUUUAGUGAAGCACAGUCUGGCAAAGAUAUAUGUGAUGCCAAAACAUCUCACUGCAAGAUGCAUAUAUUGAGGUACUCUGGUGAGGGACAUGAUGUUUUGUCUGCAGAAGAUAUGUCAACUGCCUUAAACUCAAAUGGAGGUGUUAAAGGGGUUUUCAAUGCUGUGGUUGCAAUUGAUCAGAAUCAUCAGACCAAGACAAAAACCAAAAUACCCAACAUUAGUGCAAUGAACAAUUUUGAGUUCGACAGUGAAGGUGUUAAAGUGAGGCGUGCCUAUGGAAUAGGAAAUGGCAAUUUCAUACCAAACCUUCAGUUUAAGGACAACAAACUCAUGGAAGGUUUUCAGGUAAUUAUUCCAUUUUCAAAUUUUGUUGCGGACCAUCAUGGGAGAGUUGUUCUUGCAAGGAAUAAUAUUGAUGUUGAACAUGAAAAUAUGGGCAAUGAUAAUGACACUGAAAAUAAUGGUAAUGAGAAUGUCACUGAAACUGUGGAGAAUGAGAUGGAAGAAGAUGUGAGUAAUGAUGGUUUAUUUGCGUGUCCAGAUCAAAGUUGCACCAAGGUGUUUACAAAACCUCAUUUCCUAGAAGCACAUAUAGUAAUUGGAAAUCAUGUGUAUUCAACUAGUGAGAAUAGUUACGAUUCUGUCAAAUUGAUUUGGGCACAACAAUGUGAGGCAGUUGACAGAGAACACAAAGUUCUCAUACAAUCGGUUUCUUCAAUCAAUAUGAAUGUCAAUGAAGGAUGGGCUCUGAAACUAAACAAACCUUUUAAAAGAUUCACCAAAAAGGUAAAAGACUUUCUCUUUGAUAUAUAUGUAAAGUGUGAAAGAUCAGGGAGAAGACCAAAUUUUGAUACAUUAGCAACUGAACUCAAGACAACAAGACAUGAGAAUGAUGGCACCAAAAUGUUCACACGGGAAGAAUGGCUAUCAUCAUCACAAAUACGCAGUCUUUUUGCUAAUUUUGUCAGACUUGGUGCUGAAACUUCUUUAAAAUCAGAAGAUACUGCUGUGAUAGAAAAUGUUUUAGAGGAAAUCGAUUCACUUGAAUAUCACAACAAUAUGACAGAAUUGGCAACCGAUGUUGUGCAGCAGUUUCUGUAG